AUGACAGCCCGGGGAUUGACAGCCCUGGGAUUGAAUGACCCCAGACAUGUAGGUGCUCCCUGAGAUACGUAAUGUGAAGAAUGCCUGUUCCCAGUCAAACUAUUUCCAGGUAGUCCGUAGUCACGAAUAGACCCAUGACGCAUCUGCUAUUACAGGGCCCAUAUAGAACAACUGUUAAAAUGGCUGAACUAAGACUUGAUCUUCACAGCCAGGACCUGUUUACAACUCAGAUGUUGUUGAAUUCGCUUUUAGUAGGAUCGUUAACCUUGAGAUGCUCAAUAUCUUGCAUCGUCUGUGUCCUUCUACAGGUGCAGCUCAAAAGCGAUGAGAUCAAAACGUUUGCGAUGAAGAUCCUGAAGAAGAGGCACAUCGUAGACACGCGGCAACAGGAGCAUAUCCGCUCCGAGAAGCAGAUCAUGCAGGAGGCCCACUCGGACUUCAUCGUCAGGUCACUAUAGAUACAGUCAGAUACUAGCUAGAUGUAGAGAGGUUGCGAUAUCUCAACCAGGUAUCUCUCCUGAUAUCUUUACCGAUAGACUGCUUCAUUAUCCUCAAGAAAAGGAUACAAUUUACAGUUUACAUGUUUUUUUUUUACAUGUUCUUUAUGUGUUUCAGGCUAUAUAGGACAUUCAAAGAUGCCAAGUAUCUCUACAUGCUGAUGGAGGCUUGCCUUGGGGGAGAGCUCUGGACCAUACUUAGGGACAGGUAUGGAAAAUGCAACUCAACCAACUCAGUUUCAAAUGACACCAUGUUGCCUUAAUUUCCCCUGGCUUCAUCAUUUUAACAUGUAUGAAUACUGUCUUCGGCCUCCCGAGAGGCGCAGCGGUCUAAGGCACUGCAGUGCUUGAGGCGUCACUACAGAUCCGGGUUCAAUCCCGGGCUGUGUCACAGCCGGCUGCGACCGGGAGACCCAUGAGGCGAUGCACAAUUGGCCCAGCAUCAUCCAGAUUAGGGGAGGGUUUGGCCGGCCGGGAUGUCCUUGUCCCAUCGUGCUCUAGCGACUCCUGUGGCGGGCCGGGCGCAUGCACGUUGACACGGUCGCCAGUUGUACGGUGUUUCCUCCGACACAUUGGUGCUGCUGGCUUCCGGGUUCAGCGAGCAGGGUCUUGUUUCGGAGGACGCAUGGCUCUCGACCGUCGCCUCUCCCGAGUCCGUACGGGAGUUGCAGCGAUGGGACAAGACUGUAACUACCAAUUGGAUAUCACAAAAUUGGGGAGAAAAGGGGGUAAAAAAAAAUCAUACAAAAAUGUAAUAAUAAUACUGUCUUCAUCAUUGCAGAGGUUCAUUUGAAGACUCAACCACGCGGUUCUACACAGCCUGUGUGGUGGAGGCCUUCGCUUACCUGCAUUCCAAAGGGAUCAUCUACAGAGAUCUCAAACCAGAGAACCUCAUCCUGGAUCACAGAGGCUAUGCCAAGCUGGUGAGUGGACAGAGCCACAAAGUCCUGAGGACACCUCCACACCUGCAGUAUAAGAACAUGGCUCAAGACCCAAAGGACCUGCUGGAAAGGGUGUCCAUUCAAUGGAUCUCAUUGGCUCUUCUGUCUUUUCACAGGUGGACUUUGGCUUUGCCAAGAAGAUUGGGUUUGGGAAGAAGACAUGGACUUUCUGCGGGACCCCGGAGUACGUGGCACCUGAGAUCAUCCUGAACAAGGGGCACGACAUCUCCGCUGACUACUGGUCGUUGGGGAUCCUCAUGUACGAACUCCUGACUGGAAGGUAAGGAGGACGGUUGUGGAUAUGGCUGUCCAUAGGUUCUCUUAUUGUAUAUCUCCUAUAGAAUAAGUGCCUGGGAUCAGAAGGAAUGCCUACACUGUCUCCCAUAUCUGUAACCCCAUACACAUGUAGAUGUAGGGUUAAAGGACCACCUAAUUGUUUUAAAUGAAUGCUCUUGUUUCUUUUUCAGCCCGCCAUUCUCAGGGCCAGAUCCAAUGAAGACAUACAAUAUCAUCCUGAGAGGAAUUGACAUGAUUGAAUUUCCAAAGAAGAUCACCAAAAAUGCUGCCAAUUUGAUAAAGAAACUAUGCAGGGACAAUCCUUCGGAAAGACUUGGAAACUUGAAAAACGGAGUCAAAGAUAUCCAAAAGCACAAGUAAGUCAAGUAAGCUAAUGGCCAUGAUUGCACUGUAGACAAAAAAAAACAACAGCUAAGAUAACUGUUUUUUUCUGUUUGAAUCGCAGAUGGUUUGAAGGCUUUAACUGGGAAGGGUUGAGGAAAGGAACCCUGACUCCUCCAAUCAUCCCUGAUGUAAGUAAAAAUAUGCAUCAUUUUAAAGUGAAACUGACACAUCUAAAGAGCAUGCCAGUGUAGGCAUGAUUUUCUUUAUUAAAGCAUGACAACCAUUAAUCCAGCCCCUCCUCCUCUUCUCUAUCAGGUAUCGUCGUCAACUGACACAAGCAACUUUGACAGUUUCCCAGAGGACAACGAUGACCCUCCUCCAGAUGACAUGUCUGGCUGGGACACAGAUUUUUAACGGCACGCUCCAUCUGUUGUAGCCUCUCUGGGUUUCCUGGGGAAGCGCUUCAAGGGUCUGGCUGCAGAGCACAGACAGACAGUUGAUGACGCUGUGAACAGACUGUGACAGUGAAGGGGGCAGUCGUACCGCUCUGGGUCACCGAGAUGCCUUCGCCGAUGUUGCUCCACUCUCCUCCGAGGUGACAUUGGGACUAACGGUUUAGCUGACAGAAGUCACCUUCAGUCUCUCUACAUCACCAUCAACCAUGCCUCUAUUGGAUCCCCUCAUGGAGAGUUUCUUUUUUGUCACACAUUUGUAUAUUUAGGUUUAUGUAUUGGGUUUGUGGCUGUUAGCGCUCACCAGUGUUUUCAGUGAUUACUUGUGAUACUGAGUGGAGUGGGUCUGAGAGGGAGAUUCCAGCUCUCUGUUGUAGCGUCUUGAGGACCACGAUUCCAACAGGGGGUGGGUUGACACUCUUUUAAACGCUUGUCAUCAAUAAUUAAAAUGUUAUUUUUUACAAGUUCCUUUGUAUCAUAUUAUACAUUUUUAAUAUUACACUAAUAAUUACAGCACAUAAAUAUUAUAUAUUGUAUAUAAUGCGUACUGUGUUCCGUUCGAAAACGCACACAAGCAUACACACAAUUGAACAUGUGUAAUUACACCAUUUAUAGCAAAGUUGUUUGAUUGAUAAAAACUACUUUGGCCUUCCCUUCGCCAUUCAGAUCUUUUUCAAAGCCCUACAGUGUUAAGAAAAUAUAUUUUACCAAAUUGAAUUGCAAGGACAUAUUUGACUUUCAAUGUAUUACCAUUUAGUUCUUUAUUAAGUAAAGGGGUGAUUGAGCCAUCGAGUGGGGAAACAGACAAGAACAUUGUUUGCCACUAGAGGGCAAUCUGGGACUGAUACAAAAACAGGCUUACCAUAGGGACACAGGAGGUGAUGUCAAACACUGGGAAUUUAAAUGGGAGAUAGCAAGUGGACUUUGAUACAUGGCUAAAUACAGUCAGUCUGUCAUAUACAGAUUAUUCUACUAUUCAUAUGAUUAAUUUCCCAUUAACAUGGACCUUAGAACAUUAUCAUUUCUAAAUGAAAGGCAAGAUAGCUGCCAUUCUACAGGCCUCAAAUACAUUAUCAUAAUUUAAAAUGUUUAUACUGCCCUUGAAAACACUAUGAAUAUUAUUUAUUGUAGGACCAGAAGUAAAUAUUUGUGUACAUAAAUAUGUAGUGCUGAUAUUUUUGUGAUAUGUGUAUGAGUAGGCUAAACUUAUGAACGUCAUUAUUUAAUUUGAAUAUUUGUGUAUGAAUGUUUUGUCAAAUGAAAUACUGUGACAUAUUUCCUCAAGCUUGAAUUAUUUUAAUGUUAUCGCCAUCAUUCACUGAAUGACUGUGAAGUCGCACACCGCAGUACUGAGCAUCAUUACAUGGCUUUGUGGCAUUAUUGAAAGUGCCUUAACUCGAUGGCAUCCAAAAUAUAUCUUCAAUAUUUGUUUUAAUGCUGCAUGACAAUUGUCAAACUUAAACUGUCUUCAUUAUUUGGCUUGCUGCUUUUUUAUGGUCCAGCUAUUUAUAUGCCUUUUUUCUUACAAUAAAAUUUAACUUUCAAUCAAUAUGAA